AUGGUGAGCGGGUUGACCCGCUUGCCUUUUGAAGUACUAGCCAAGAUCUUUAUCUUAUCUUCCAACCCGCAGUUGCCAGUCACUUGCCGAUUCACUUUCCACAUGCUGUAUCAUGCUCCCGACGAUCUGAAAGUGGCCUGGUUACUGUAUCGACAUGGACACAUUCUCACGGCCGCUUGCGAAGCCGCUUUGAAAUUUCCAUUCUUUAGCAUGUCGCUAUUGGAACGUUUUGAUCGACUCUAUGCACGACAGCAACAGCAGCCGGACGCCAAGAUAUUGUUUACCAAAAAGAUGGUGCCGCCGCAACUCUUUUCGAAAAUGGAUGCGGCAAGUGAUGCGCUGGCGUUCACUUUACUCGAGCGAGGCGCCUCACCGAACAAACCUCACGGAUACCCACUGAUCAAAUCGGCGCAAUUGGGACGCCUCGAUAUUGUGAAGCAACUGAUUACCUUUGGAGCCGAUCCGACGGUCCGACAAAACAUGGCAUUACGCGUAUGCGCAGCAAGAGAUAACAGGGAAAUGGUGCUGUAUUUCCUGGACCAUCUGCAAAUCAAACCCGACAGUGAAUCCUUGCGAGCGUGUGUGCAGAAAGGCUUGUGGGACAUGGUCAAACUGUUGGUCGAUCACGGCGCUGUCCCCGAUAUGAACACUGUCAAUUUCACCUGA